CCAUUUCAUCAACUACCAAAAAGAAAAAAAACUUUCAUUAUUAGAUAUGGGUUUAAUGGGUUGUGUUGCAUUCAUGUUAUUGCUGUUUUGCACAACAAGCACAGCUCAUUAUCUUUCUUAUAAAUUUUAUGACAAGAAAUGUCCAAACGCUCUUCCUACCAUUCGAGCUUCCAUUAGGAGAGCAGUUUCACGGGAACAGCGAAUGGCGGCUUCUCUUAUUCGUCUUCAUUUUCAUGAUUGUUUUGUUCAGGGAUGUGAUGCGUCAAUUUUACUUGAGGAUUCUGCGUCGAUUAAGGGUGAACAAAAAGCAAUUCAAAAUAUGGGUUCUGUAAGAGGUUUCAACGUCAUAGAAGAUGCCAAAUCUAAUGUGGAGAAGAUAUGUCCUGGCGUUGUUUCUUGUGCUGAUAUUCUUGCUGUGGCAGCACGAGAUGCAUCAGUCGCUGUUGGUGGGCCAUCAUGGAGAGUGAAACUUGGAAGAAGAGACUCUACUAAGGCAAGCCUAGCUAAAGCCCAAAGAGAUCUUCCACUUUUCACUGACAGUGCUGAAACUCUUAUUGAUAGAUUCUCAAAGAAAGGGCUUAAUGCAAGAGACAUGGUUGCAUUAUCAGGGUCACACACAAUUGGGAAAGCUCAAUGCUCAACAUUUCGUGGUAGAAUAUACAACACAACUGCUGAGAUUGAUGCAAACUUUGCUAGAACUCGGAGACACCGUUGUCCAGCUCAGAGGAAUAAUGGUGAUUCAAAUUUGGCACCACUUGAUUUGGUGACACCCAAUUCCUUUGACAACAGUUACUUUAAGAAUUUGAUUCAAAAGAAGGGUCUUCUUGAAUCAGACCAAGUUCUCUUCAGUGGACGAUCAAGAACAACACAAAAUAUUGUGAUCGAGUAUAGCAAAAUGGCUUCCACCUUCAAGUCUGACUUUGCUAAGGCUAUGGUUAAAAUGGGAGAUAUUAGUCCUCUUAUUGGUUCGGCUGGACAAAUUAGAAGGAUUUGCCGUGCAGUCAACAAACAUUAAGCCAAGCCCUCUUUUAAAGUACCUGUUCUUUCUUUUGUAUUUAAGCACUAAAAGAAAUAGUGUUUUCCAGACGUUUUUAAAUUGAAAGGCACCGGGAUAAAUUAAGUUUAUUGUGGGUUGUUGUGUAAGGUAUUUUGUUUAUACCUUAAAGGUUAAAUUCUUAAUUAAAUUUGUAUUCAAAAAAAUCAAAAAGAUGCAGUGCUUGUGUUUUGCAUGUUUGUUGCGAUACUUUUACCGUGGCAAGUAUGUACAAUUGUGAACAAGUAAUAAUAGAGAUAAGUAGAGUAAUAUCCUACAGA